AUGGCAUCAGCAACAGAACAACCAAUUAAUUGCCACGCGCUUAUUGAAUAUGCCACGACUACAACUGAACAGACAACUGACACUAUAAGUACGACAUCAACUGAAGAGACAACAGGUACUCCAAGUACGACUACAAUUGAACAGACUACAGCUACUCAAAGUGAGACUACAACUGAACAGACAACAGAUUCUCCAAGUACGACUACAAUUGAACAAACUACAGAUAAUCCAAGUACGACUACAACUGAACAAACAGCAGAUACUCCAAGUACGACCACAAUUGAACAGACAACAGAUGUUCCAAGAACGAAUUUAACAGAACAGACAACAUAUUCUCCAAGAACGACUACAACUGAACAUACAACAGAUGAUUUAAGUACGACUUCAGCUGAACAGACAACAGAGGCGCCAAGAACUAACAUAACUAAACAAACAACAGGUACUCUUAGCACGACUACAACUAAAACGACAACAAAGGCCCCUAUUAUGGGUACAACUGCACAAACCACUUAUACUCCAAGUACUACUACAGCGGAGCAGACAACAUAUACUUCAAGUGCGACUAAAACUGAACAGACCACAGAUGUUCAAAGUACGGCUACAAACGAAGAAAACACAAACGUUCGUGGUACGACUACAACUGAACAGACAAUAGAUACCCAAAGUACGACAACAACUGAACAGACAACAGACGCUCAAAAUACGACUACAACUGAACAGACAAAAGACGCUACAAGUACGACUGCAACGAAACAGACAACAUAUACUUCAAGUACGACUAGAACUGAACAGACAACAGAUACUCCACGUGCAUAUACAACUGAACAGACUACAUAUAAUCCAGGUACGACUACAACUGAACAGACAACAGGUACUCCAAGUACGACUACAACUGAACAGACAACCGAUACUAUAAGUACGACAUCAACUGAAGAUACAACCGAUACUCCAAGCACGACUACAACUAAAGACACCAGAGAUACUCCAAGUACGACUACAACUGAAGACACCAGAGAUACUCCAAAAACGACUCCAACUGAACAGACUACAGCUUCUCAAAGUGAGACUACAACUGAACAGACAACAGAUUCUCCAAGUACGACUACAACUGAGCAAACUACAGAUAAUCCAAGUACGACUACAACUGAACAAACAGUAGAUACUCCAAGUACGACUACAACUGAACAGACAACAGAUAUUCCAAGAACGUAUUCAACAGAACAGACAACAUAUUCUCCAAGAACGACUACAACUGAACAGAAAACAGAUGAUUCAAGUACGACUACAACUGAACAGACAACAGAUGCUACAAGAACUACUUUAACCAAACUAACAACAGGUACUCUAAGCACGACUACAACUAGAACGACAACAAAUGCCCCUAUUACGGGUACAACUGAACACACCACUUAUUCUCCAAGUACUACUACAACUGAACAGACAACAUAUACUACAAGUGCGACUAAAACUGAAAAUACCACAUAUGUUCAAAGUACGACUACAACUGAAGAAAACACAAACGUUCGUGGUACGACUACAACUGAACUCACAAUAGAUACUCAAAGUACGACAACAACUGAACAGACAACAGACGCUUCAAACACGACUACAACUGAACAGACAACAGACGCAACAAUUACGACUGCAACUAAACAGUCAACAGAUAAUUCAAGUGCGACUACAACUGAUCAGACAACAGAUAUUCUAAGUACGACUUCAACUGAAGAAAAAACAGAUGUUCCAAGUACAACUACAACAGAACAGACUACAGAUGCUCCAAGUACUAUGACAUCUGAACAGACAACAGAUACUCCACGUGCAUAUACAACUGAACAGACUACAGAUAAUCCAAGUACGACUACAACUGAACAGACAACAGGUACUCAAAGUACGACUACAACUGAACAGACAACUGAUAAUAUAACGACAUCAACUGAAGAGACAACCGAUACUCCAAGUACGACUACAACUGAAGACACCAGAGAUACUCCAAAAACGACUCUAUCUGAACAGACAACAUAUACACCAAGUACGACUAAAACUGAACAGACUACAGUUACUCAAAGUAAGACUACAACUGAACAGACAACAGAUUCUCCAAGUACGACUACAACUGAACAAACUACAGAUAAUCCAAGUUCGACUACAACUGAACAAACAGUAGAUACUCCAAGUACUACAACUGAACAGAAAACAGAUAUUCCAAGAACGAAUUCAACACAACAGACAACAUAUUCUCCAAGAACGACUACAACUGAACAGACAAGAGAUGAUUCAAGAUAUAACACCUUGACUGAAAUUACCACUCGCAAGCCUCUCCGAUGUUCUGACAACGUGGACUUCAAUGGACGUCAUUGGCCAACAGCUGAACCAGGCCACGUUGAAAAGAUGAAAUGCGCUCAGGGAUAUAUUGGCACAAUAUCCAGAAAAUGUAAUGUCAACGGAGAAUAUGAAAUCCCCGUUUAUAAGUGUACAAAGGAAGCAAUUGAGAAGUUGUUGAAAGAGGUAAGAAAUGACCUAAUAACCCGUAUAGACGUGUCAAAAACCAUUAAUAUGCUACGAAAAGAAACCAAUGUGGUAUUACCAGCUUCUAAUAAUUCAACUAACUACACCAACACCACCAACAACCCUACAGAGGAACAUGUAGUUCAUGUCGGGGACAUAGAAGCUGCAACUGAAAUAAUGGAGCUCAUUGUGGAAUAUGCUGAUGUUAAUUCUACAGCACUUAGCAACGUGACGGACUCAUUCAUAGAUGUGGUCGAUAAUCUUAUCAGCAAUAGAACUACAAACUCAUGGGGAGCCCUAAUGGAGAAGGGUGGAGCAGCGACAGUGAUUAAUGUUCUUGACGAGUUCAUCACAAAAGUAACAGGCAACAGUGUGGCACCUCUAGAGAACAAGACGUUUGUUAAAGAUAACCUUUUCAUCAAAAUUGGGACGGUCGACACGUGUGAGUAUGUCAAUUUUCCUGACGGAGAAAAUGGCGAUAGUCCGGAGUGGGCGACGGGAAGAAGUGACAAUAUCGAAGUCAAAUGUGAGAAAGGCAAAGGGCUUCGAUAUAGCGGUUCUCUGUUCCGUAACCUGUCCUCCAUUAUGACAGGAAAAACAGAAGACGCGUCGAACACGACGAUCAAUGGACCGGUUUUAGCGUUCACAAUGCUCAGAAGCAACAAUCGACAAGGAAGUCAUGAGGAGAGUGUGAAAAUAGUCUUCCAUAUCUUCGACAAAACAUUAGAAAAACCUGAAUGUUCUUUCUGGAGGAAAGACAAUUCAAGUACCAAAGGUCACUGGUCCAGUGAAGGCUGUUGUCUGGAAGGGUUUAACCGGUCAUCUGGGCUCGUGACAUGCACGUGUACACACCUGACGAACUUCGCUGUCCUCAUGAGUCCUCAUGAGACUUCAACUGAACAGACAACAAAUGCUCCAAGCACGACUUCAACUGAACAGACAACAAAUGCUCCAAGUACGACUUCAACUGAACAGACAACAAAUGUUCCAAGUACGACUUCAACUGAACAGAACACAAAUGUUCCAAGCACGACUUCAAUUGGACAUACAACAAAUGCUCCAAGAACGACUUCAACUGAACAGACAACAAAUGAUCCAAGCACGACUUUAACUGAACAGACAACAAAUGCUCCAAGUACAACUUCAGCUGAACAGACAACAAAUGUUCCAAGUACGACUUCAACUGAACAGAAAACAAAUGUUCCAAGCAAGACUUCAACUGGACAUACAACAAAUGCUCCAAGCACGACUUCAACUGAACAGACAACAAAUGCUCAAAGUACGACUUCAGCUGAACAGACAACAAAUGUUCCAAGUACAACUUCAACUGAACAGAAAACAAAUGCUCCAAGCACGACUUCAACUGGACAUACAACAAAUGCUCCAAGCACGACUUCAACUGAACGGACAACAAAUGCUCCAAGCACGACUUCAACUGAACAGACAACAAAUGCUCCAAGUACGACUUCAACUGAACAGACAACAAAUGAUCCAAGCACGACUUUAACUGAACAGACAAAAAAUGUUCCAAGUACGACUUCAACUGAACAGACAACAAAUGUUCCAAGUACAACUUCAACUGAACGGAAAACAAAUGCUCCAAGCACGACUUCAACUGGACAUACAACAAAUGCUCCAAGCACGACUUCAACUGAACAGACAACAAAUAUUCCAAGCACGACUUCAACUGGACAUACAACAAAUGCUCCAAGCACGACUUCAACUGAACAGACAACAAAUGCUCCAAGUACGAUUUCAACUGAACAAACAACAAAUGCUCCAAGUACGACUUCAGCUGAACAGACAACAUAUACUACAAAUCGGACUUCCACUGACCAGACCACUCUCAAGACAACUUCAACUGAACAGACAACAAUGCAGGCAGGGAAAUCUACAACUGAACUGAAAACAGAAGCUAAGCAAAAGACUACAAGCACGAAACAUGCUUCAAGAUACAAAACGUUGACUGAAAUUACCACUCGCAAGCCUCUUCGGUGUUCUGACAACGCGGACGUCACCAGACGUCAGUGGCCAACAGCUGAACCAGGCCAAGUUGAAACGAUGCAAUGCCCGCAGGGAUACACUGGCAAAAUAUCAAGAAAAUGUAACGUCAACGGAGAAUAUGAAAUACCCGUGUAUAAUUGCACAAAAGAAGCCAUUCAAAAGUUGUUGGAACAGGUAAAAAUUGAAACAAAAACACAUAUGGACGUGUCAAAAGCAAUUAACCUGCUACGGAAAGAAACCGACGUGGUGGCACCGGCCUAUAUUAAUUCCACUGACACCACCAACACCACUAACAACCAUACAGAGGAGCAGGUUAUUCAUGUCGGAGACAUUGAAGCUGCAACUGAAAUUAUGGAGCUCAUUGUGGAACAUGCUUUUGUUAAUUCCACAACCCUUAGCAACGUGACGGACUCAUUCAUAGAUGUGGUCGAUAAUCUUAUCAGCAAUAGAACUACAAACUCAUGGGGAGCCCUAAUGGAGAAGGGUGGAGCAGCGACAGUGAUUAAUGUUCUUGACGAGUUCAUCACAAAAGUAACAGGCAACAGUGUGGCACCUCCAGAGAACAAGACGUUUGUUAAAGAUAACCUUUUCAUCAAAAUUGGGACGGUCGACACGUGUGAGUAUGUCAAUUUUCCUGACGGAGAAAAUGGCGAUAGUCCGGAGUGGGUGACGGGAAGAAGUGACAAUAUCGAAGUCAAAUGUGAGAAAGGCAAAGGGCUUCGAUAUAGCGGUUCUCUGUUCCGUAACCUGUCCUCCAUUAUGACCGGAAAAACAGAAGACGCGUCGAACACGACGAUCAAUGGACCGGUUUUAGCGUUCACAAUGCUCAGAAGCAACAAUCGACAAGGAAGUCAUGAGGAGAGUGUGAAAAUAGUCUUCCAUAUAUUCGACAAAACAUUAGAAAAACCUGAAUGUUCUUUCUGGAGGAAAGACAAUUCAAGUACCAAAGGUCACUGGUCCAGUGAAGGCUGUCGUCUGGAAGGGUUUAACCGGUCAUCUGGGCUCGUGACAUGCACGUGUACACACCUGACGAACUUCGCUGUCCUCAUGAGUCCGGCUGUUACAAUCGACAUGAUUCAUCAUCAGGCUCUAAGUGCCAUCACGGUGGUUGGAUGCACGAUUUCAAUGACAGGUCUUGUCUUGACAACUGUCGUUUACAUAUUUUUCUGGAGGUUGUUGAAAUCCGCCCGGGCCACAAUGUUGAUCAAUCUAUGUGCAGCUUUGUUCGUUGCUUAUCUGACGUUCUUGAUGGGAAUCAAGCGCACAGAGAACACGGCCAUUUGCACCGCCGUGGCGGUGUUGCUUCACUACGAGUAUCUCGUGGCCUUCUUCGUGAUGUUGGCGGAGGGAGGAGUUAUCGCUUUGAUGAUGCUGAGGCCACUCGGCAAGAAAGACGUUGUCCCUAUAUUUCUAGCUGCUGCGUACGGAAUACCAUUCUUGAUUGUCGGGAUAUCCGUUUGUAUAACGCAGUUCAGAGGAUACGGCAACGAACGCUUCUGCUGGUUGACGGUCCAGUCAGGUCUCUUUUGGGCAUUUGCUGGACCUGCCAUAGCAAUUGUCGCGACGAACACAGUUAUUAUGGUCCUCGUUUUGAAGAAACUCUUUGGAGUUUCCGCCAUGGCCAAGAAAUCUGAUAUGGAAAAAAUCAAGACGGGUGUUCGUAGCGUGUGCAUCCUGCUGCCCGUACUGGGUCUUACCUGGCUGUUCGGCAUCUUUGCCGUCAACAGGGACACGCUCGUCUUCCAGUACCUGUUCGCCAUCUUCAACAGCUUGCAGGGUUUCUUGAUAUUUCUAGUGCAGUGUGUUUUGGACAGAAAGGUACGCGAUGCGUUCAUGCAGACUCGUAUCCCAUGGCUCACAAGCACGGCAGACACGGAGUUAAAAUCCACGCAGAAAUCAGCUUUCAACAAAGCCAGCGCUUCCACGUCGUCUCGGGAUGCGUGAUUCGGAAGAAGUGUAAUUUGUGAGCGUAAUAAUAAUAAACUGUUAAUUGAGAAUGUGUAAAGGCGUGAAUAACUUUUCCAUUUAUGACAUUUUCAUGCAGGAAAAUAGAAGAGGAGCUUUUUCACAAAUUUGGAAAUAAAUAGACAGCUUGUAGUUUGAUUUGUACAGAACUCGGGUUUCAAUUUUUUUAUCGUUCGUUUUAUGUGCGUUCAUAGUUAAAUGCUAAAUGUUGAUUUGCUUUCCAACUGACAUAGUAGUUUUGUAAAGUGAUAUUUAAUACUAUAUUUCAGUGUUAAGGAUUUUAUUAAAACUGCGUUUUCUAUUUAAUUUCAAUGUCGUCUUGUGUUUAUGUCUCAUUACUUCCGCGGCUUACUGUACUUCUAACACGGCAUUAAAACCCAUUGGUUUGCGGUGACCGUUCCAAGACUCUGAUCCCAGAUUUAAUCGCUAUUAUAUGUUGAGUGUAACAAAGGAAUAGACAACUGGUCACUUUAAAACAUUAAAAAAUAAAUAAAAUAACGUUUUACCGAUUUAUUUAUUUUUCAUUUACAAAGUAAGGCCAGCAUGUAAGCUGCCUAAAAGCUAAAUUUCAGCCCUUAAUCUCUAACUUAAGUUACUGAGCGGUAAGUUUUUUGGCGUAGCUAUCUAACACACACUUUGACUUAUAUUUAUUACCAAUGAAUAUUCUGAAAAUUAACGAUAGUGGGCCCGAAUGAAUAACGUUAAGUACUGAAUUGGCCAUAUUGAACAUUGUCAAGAUGCAGCUUUGCUUAUAUGCAAUAAAUUAUCAUACACUUA